ACAAAUUUGUAACAAGGAGGCAAUAUUAUUAUCGUUUUAUCAUAAACUUUAAUGCUUAAGAUUUGUUUUUAUUGACCAUGUUUUAUUUGUCAUAUUUAACAAAACUUUCAAUUUUCUAAGCUACUUCGAAGCUAUGUAAAAAUGUGCCAUAUUCCAAAUAAGUGUAAGGACUUUUAUUUUGGUGGAAAAUGAAUCUACUGGAGAAAAAUGAGCCCAAAUGAGCCAGAAUUUAAGUUAAAUAUUAAUUAAUGUUGUUCUAAAUGUUUAUGAGCACUUUAUGAAGUGUUUAUGUCAUAUGUAAAGGCUGUGUUAUGUAAACACCAUUUCUGCAAAGUAUUAUCAAAAGUGGCUUAAACACAUUACAAAUGUUGGAACAGCAAUCAGUUCGGAUAAAAAUAUUCCAAACUUGGACACAAAACAUAUUUUAUUAAAUAAAAAUAAAUAAAUUAUGAUCUUGUUGUUGAGGGUUUUUGUGUGUGAAAAUCAGCCAUGUUCUCUCUCCUGGCUCGAGAACUCAACGUGACGUCGCAUCCCGUUGGCAACGCUCGAGCAGCACGGAAACAGGGUCGUUGUCGUCCAAUCAUAGACAGGGGAAGUGAAACACAAGGAGCUGGUUGGCUGCGACUGGCGCGAAAUGACCAUGUGGUCACGGGCUUUGGCGCGAAAAUCUCUCUCACACUCACUCUCUGUGGGCUCUGCAGCUUUGUGUUCGGCGCUGAGGGAGGAAAGAGACGUUUUAUUUGGUUAUAACGUUAUAAUAAACAACCUGCUGUAAAAAUGGACAUUGUGGAGCCUGCGGUGGAAAACGCUGGACAAAUGGUGAAGGAUGAGUUAGCCGAGAAGUGUCAGAAGUUAUUCCAAGCGUUUCUGGAAGAGUUUCAGAACAGCGAUGGUGAGUUGAAGUAUUUGCGUGACACAGAAGAGCUGAUCCGUCCGGAGCGCAACACGCUCCUGGUGAGCUUCACUGACCUGGAGGGAUUUAACCAAGAACUGGCAACCAUCAUCCAGGAGGAGUUCUACAGAAUCUAUCCCUACCUGUGCCGUGCCGUGCGUAACUUUGCCCGGGAUCAUGGGAACGUUCCUGUUACUAAAGAGUUCUACGUGGCCAUUCAGGAUCUGCCAACCAGGCACAAGAUCCGUGAGCUAACUGCGCUGCGUAUCGGCUCUCUGGUGCGCAUCAGCGGGCAGGUGGUACGCACACACCCGGUGCACCCCGAGCUGGUGAGUGGAACCUUCCUGUGCCUGGACUGCCAGAGCGUCAUCAAAGACGUGGAGCAGCAGUUUAAAUACACGCAACCCAGCAUCUGCCGUAACCCAGUGUGCAACAACCGACGCCGCUUCCUGCUCGACACCAACAAGUCCAAGUUCAUCGACUUCCAAAAGGUGCGAAUCCAGGAGACACAGGCCGAGCUGCCACGAGGAUCCAUCCCGCGGAGCGUAGAGGUGAUCCUGAGAGCCGAAGCGGUGGAGUCGGCGCAGGCUGGAGAUAAGUGCGACUUCAUUGGCUGCCUCAUCGUCGUUCCUGACGUGUCCCAGCUCGCAACGCCAGGUGUGCGAGCAGAGACUGGGUCUCGCACGGCUGGAGCUCAGGGUUACGAGAAUGAGGGCGUGCGUGGUCUAAAAGCACUCGGAGUCCGAGAACUCUCGUACAGAUUGGCUUUCCUGGCCUGCCAUGUGGCACCGACCAAUCCCAGGUUUGGUGGGAAGGAGAUCCGCGAUGAGGAGCAGACAGCCGAGAGCAUUAAGAACCAGAUGUCGGUGAAGGAGUGGGAUAAAGUGUUCGAGAUGAGCCAGGACAAGAACCUGUACCAUAACCUGUGCACAAGCCUCUUCCCCACCAUCCACGGCAACGAUGAGGUGAAGCGCGGCAUCCUGCUCAUGCUCUUUGGUGGUGUCCCGAAGACCACCAUGGAGGGCACAUCUCUGAGGGGGGACAUCAACGUGUGCAUUGUGGGAGAUCCCAGUACAGCCAAGAGCCAGUUUCUCAAGCACGUGGAGGAGUUCAGCCCGCGUGCCGUGUACACCAGCGGGAAAGCGUCCAGCGCUGCAGGUCUCACCGCCGCUGUAGUCAGAGAUGAAGAGUCACAUGAGUUUGUCAUCGAGGCUGGAGCUCUCAUGCUGGCUGACAACGGUGUGUGCUGCAUUGAUGAGUUUGACAAAAUGGAGAUGAGAGAUCAGGUGGCCAUCCAUGAGGCCAUGGAGCAGCAGACUAUCUCCAUCACCAAAGCUGGGGUCAAGGCCACACUGAACGCCCGAACGUCCAUCUUGGCUGCAGCGAACCCUGUGAGCGGCCGCUACGACCGCUCCAAAUCGCUCAAGCAGAACAUCAACCUAACCGCGCCUAUCAUGUCCCGCUUCGACCUCUUCUUUAUCCUGGUGGAUGACUGCAACGAGGUGACCGAUUAUGCCAUAGCCAGGCGCAUCGUGGACCUGCACUCCAGGAUCGAGAACUCCAUCGAGCGUCUGUACACUCUGGACGAGAUCCGGAGAUACCUGCUGUUCGCCCGCCAGUUUAAACCGAAGAUCUCUAAAGAGUCGGAGGAUUUUAUUGUGGAGCAGUACAAGCGCCUGAGACAGAGGGACGGCUCCGGCGUCACCAAAUCGUCCUGGAGGAUCACCGUGCGCCAGCUGGAGAGCAUGAUCCGCCUGUCUGAGAGCAUGGCCCGCAUGCACUGCUGCGAUGAGGUGCAGCCCAAACAUGUGAAAGAGGCCUUCAGGCUGCUCAACAAGUCCAUCAUCAGGGUGGAGACGCCUGACAUCAACCUGGACCAAGAGGAAGAUGAGGCCAUGGAGGAGGAAGAAGAGAACCGGGUGAACGGCCACGACGUGCCCAACGGCCACGUGGACGCUCCCGUGAAUGGUCACGAGCAUGCUGACGGGGUCAACGGUGAAAACCACAACGGCAAACCGUCAUUGCGUCUGUCCUUCUCCGAGUACAAGCGCAUCUCCAACCUCAUAGUGCUGCACCUGCGUCGUGCUGAGGAAGAUGAGGAGGAAGAAGCCUUGAAGAAGAGCGCAGUGGUGAAUUGGUACCUGAAGGAGAUCGAGUCUGAGAUCGACUCUGAGAUGGAGCUCAUCAGCAAGAAGGCCAUGAUUGAGAAGGUCAUCCACAGACUCGUGCAUUAUGACUACAUCCUAAUCGAACUGUCGCAGUCGGGCCUGAAAGGCUCCGCCGAGUCCAGCGUAGCCGAAAAGCAGGAAGACGACGUCACACUGGUCGUGAAUCCUAACUACACACUGGACGAUUAAACUUUUCAACAUGUGUAACGUUUAAAAAAUGGGUCCUGAUUGACUGGUACUGGACGAAGGCUUGGAUCAGGAUAAGGUUCAGGUGAUUUUCCUGAAGCUCGGCUGCUGGGAAAAUGUGCUUUCAGCACCGUGUGUGCGUAGACCUUCAGACCCUCAAAAUGCCAUAAGAAAAGAUGCCUCUGUGCAAAACUUGUAAAUAAGUUUCUGGAUUUUUUGUUUUAAGGAUGAAUGUUACUAGUGAUUUUGUUGCUCUUUUUUGUUUUUUAUCAUGAAGCAAGAACUCCGUAUGAAAAUGUUUUAUUGUCUGCAUUUUGUUCAAAAUAUAAUAAACUAAAAAAAAAAUUCUGUAAUAUUUCUUAAGUUGGUUACAUUUGUACCACCAAAAAUAUUAUCUUGUUAGAUGUUUCCAUUUUUUAAAAAAAACUUCACAUUGUGUCUGCAAAUUGUGUAAAGCGUCCAGGGCUGAAAGUCUCGUAAA